AUGCGCAGUGCGGUAUCACAUGUCAAUGCACGCUGCGCAUGUAAGUACUUACCGGUGAGAAAGACAUGGCAGGUGUUUCGGCUGCUACUUAUUGUUAACUAGUUUUAGUACAUAAAAAAGAUUACUCAUGCUGCCCGAAGUAAAAUGAUAACGAGUACAUUAGAUAAUAAUUUGUGAAGCUUACUUUAAGUAACCGAUCAUCCGGGAUCGCCGUAAAACAUGUCGAACCCACGGGAGGCAGACACAUUAGUACAAAGUCUCAAAGAUCGCGGAAAUGCGUGCGUGAAAGAACAAAAAUAUGAAGAGGCUAUGUUUCAUUACACUCACGCCAUUAAACUAGAUCCACAGAAUUAUUCUUUGUAUAGUAAUCGAUCAUUUGCCUUUUUAAAAAUGCAACAAUACCAUUUUGCAAUGGAAGAUGCGCUAAUGACAAUUCAAUUGAAACCUGAUUGGACCAAGGGAUAUUUUAGAAAGGCUGAAGUAGAAUCACAAACAUUUCACUUCAGUGAUGCGCUUCAGUCUUAUAACAAAGCUUUAUCUUUUCAACCGAACGAACCAACCAUUUUAGAGGCAAUGAACAGAGUUUCUAGAUUAUUAAUUAAGGAUAAACGAGCUGAUCAACAAAUACCUUGGCUCGGUGCUGGAGUUGGCAUUAUACUCGGAGUAAUAGUUGUAAUAGCUGAUUAUGUUUUUACAAAUAAACCUACGUUAACGCAUCCUCUUUUGAUGGCCUUAAUGACAAUGUCUGUAGCGAUGCUAGGUUUUGGCAUUGCAAAGGGUUUCCGUUAUUUUGUAAAAUGUCAAAGAAAAUCACUUUUGGAACCUCCGGUGGAUUUGUUUGGUGAUACCAAAGAAGAGCUUGAGAAUGCUGAAGCUGAAAUAAACAAUGAGAAAGAAAAGCAUCCAAAGUACAGCAAAGCUCAAGCAAGGCAAAGAUUCAAGAAAGGAAAAUCGUAGUGUGUUUUGAUACUAAAGAUUAUAUACAUAUAGACUCAUGUAAAUUAUGAAUCUAAAACUCUUACAUUUGAGCUAUGAAUA